AUGUCUUCUGAUAGUGUUGCUACUGGCUCUGGUACUGGCACUAGUGAUGCUGCUGCCACUGCUGCUGUUGCCGCCGCCGAGGCUGCCACUGCCAAUUGCAGUGCUAAUCCUACUGCCAAUUCUCUUCUGCUGGCUGGCAAUGAUAUUUGGAUCGAACUCAUUCUGCCGUCUGUUGGUAUUGGACAGUACACUUUUGUAGGAGCUGUCAACAAAAAGAUGAAUCAACUGUACAAAGAGUACUGUGAAAUUGAACUCAAGAAAAAUCCAACAAGGGUUAUCGUUGACGGUGGAUGGUUUCCUCCUACUAGUCGCGCUGCAGAAAUCACCGACACUUUUUACGGCGAAACAUUCUGCAAUCAGCCACGCACAGAAUACUGGUUCAGGGACAAUUCCGACCAUAAGAAACCUCGUCAUCGUCAGGUUUGCCAAAAAAUUGCCAAAGUUGGAAAUAUUAUGGUCAUGCAGUGGGCACUCCAACAGGGAUUCCCUUGGGAGAAAAGGACAUGUGCUGCAGCGGCUCAAAUGGUCAUUUGGAAUUGCUCCAAUGGUUAA